GCAAGCUUUUGCAAGAGGAGCCCUAGUGAGCUCACAUCCUUACGUUGCCGUUGCCAGCGAGGCGACUCCACCGCAGCGACAGUAUUCAGGAACCUUCAUUGGAAGAUUUACGGGAGUAGAUGUAAGACAAAUCUUGAAAUAGGAAGCCGUAACAUUUUCGCUAGAGGUAAAACUGUAUGUCGCUAUACCGCCAUGCACCCAUGGCCAGCUCUUAAGGAUCUCUCUCCAUCUUUGUGAGAUCACGUUCUGCUUUUCUCUGGUCGGAUCUACCCCUCGGAGUUUUGCUGCGCUUUCUUGCGCAUAUCUAUCAUUAUGUGGGGGAGAAACGAUUUUGAAGAUGGAUAUGACACUUUUAAAACAGGUUGCAGCAGCAGCUCUCCUGGGUGGGUUCCGGGGUGUGACUCUACAUGGCAACCCACUUCUUCCGCCCCUGGCAACAGUAACCGCGGGCGACGCCACAGCACGGCAUCCGACAGCGGCGACACAGGCAUCGGGACCUCUUGUUCGGACAGCGUGGAAGACCACUCCAGCUCCAGCACCACCCCCUCCUUCCAGCCCCUGCGCUCCGGGGGGGGCAUCCCCACUGCCCACGUCAUGCCCUCCCCCUCGCCCUCCUCCGGCUCCAAGCUCUGCGGCCCCUCCCCGGGCGUGGCCAGCCCCUGGAGCUCCUCCUGCCAGCUGGCCGCCCCCGGCCCUGCGGACCCCUGCCUGGACAUGCAGGACCCCCGUCCCGUCAGGCGCUGGUCCUCCCUGACCCGCCUCUCCGCCCCGGACAAGACCUGCCCGUCGGGGAGGGCAAGCGGCUACCGCUACGACCCCCACGGCUCCCUGGACCGCGGCUCGCUGUACGGCUACCGCCAGGAGCCUCUGGGGGGCUCCACCAGCACCAUCACCACCGAGCCCUACCUUCCCCUCGCCCAGGGCUUGCAGCUGCGCUCCCCGGGAGCCGACCCCCGCUAUCGGUACGACCCGGCCCGCGGCUCCCCGUUGAAGCCCCGGAGUCUGGACCUGGGCUACGGCGCGUUGACUGAGAGCAGGGCUCCGGGGACGGGGGCGUCCGCCAGCCUGGUGCUGCCCAGCCCGAGAGGCCUGCCGCUGGGACACCAGGCUCCGGGAGGUUCCCCCAUCCAGCCGGCCGUCCGGACGCAGAUGUGGCUGAGUGAACAGAUGGAGUACCGGCCCGAUCCGGAGGCCGGCGUCGGCGCCGCGCGGAACGGACCGGAGACGGGAGGGGGGCUGUCGGCGUGGCAACAGGAGCAACAACAGAGGGAGAGGUUGCGGCAGGAGGCAGAGAUAAACCAGAUGCUCGCCGGAACGUCGCUACCCGUCAACACUCUGGUGAAGAUUAAAGAGGGUCUGCUGAGGCAGAGGGAGCUGGAGAUAGACAGGCAGAAGCAGCAGAUCUUGCAGCUUCAUGCACGGAUCAGGGAGAACGAGCUGCGAGCCCAGCAGGUCCUCCAGAGCCAGAGAGGGCGCUGCGAUGAGCCCUACCUGCUGAAAACCACCAAGCAGGAGCCGUCAUACGACAUGCAGCUGGUCCCGCCCCUGCAGGUUUCUGAUAGGCCACUGUGCUGUGAGGGGGGGGAGCUUGGUAGGAAGCUGGCGGCCGCGGAGCUGGAGGUCAUCCACCUCAAUGAGUUCCUGAAGCAGAAUACCCAGAAGUACGCAGAAGACAUCAAGAAGCUGGAGGAGAAGAUGAAGACUCGUGACCGCUACAUCAGCAGCCUGAAGAAGAAGUGCCAGCGUGAGAGUGAGCAGAACCAGGAGAAGCAGCAGCGCAUCGAGACCCUGGAGAAAUACCUGGCCGACCUGCCGUCCCUGGACGAGGUCCAGACACAGGCCCAGCAGCUGGAGGAGGUGCAGAAGAAGGCGGAGGAUCUGCAGGAGCAGGCGAGCCGCCUGGAGCAGAGCCUGGAGGAGGAGCGGAGCCUGCUGCGGGAGAAGGAGACGCUCAUGGAGACCCAGGGGAGGAGGGAGAGGGAGCUGAUGGCUGCCGUUCACAGCCUGCAGGCCAAGGUGGAGCAGUGUCUGGAAGACGGUGUGCGGCUUCCCAUGAUGGACCUGAAGCAGCUGGAAGCAGAGAACAGUAGACUUGUAGAGCAGCAGGAGCAGAACAGCAAGCUGAUACCCAAUCAGAAGAAGCAGAUAGAGGAGCUGACCCUGGAGCUGAUGGCAGCAGAAAGGAGACUACAGCAGGAGAGGAGAUUAUCUGAAGAGCUCCAGUGUCAGCUGCAGGAGAAGGAGGAGGACCUGACCUCCCUCUCCAGAACCCUGCAGGAGAACCAGAGGCAGGUGGAGGAGGGGGUGAUGGUGCGCCCGGCGACCGGCAGCCAGGUGACCGAGGCUGGGCCCCUGCUCAGGGAGAUGUCCCUGUGUCUGCUGGAUCUCCAGGCCCUCUGCAGCAUCCUCACCCAGAGGGCACAGGGCAAGGAGCCCAACCUAGCACUGUUACUGGGCAUCAAGUCGAUGAGCGUGUCGGGGGAGGAGAACGACAACGUGGGUCUGGAGGAGGGGCUCAAGUCCAAGCUGUCCGAGGUGGGCCAGCUGCGGAAGGAUGUGGACGCCCUGAGGACGGCCAUCUCCGACCGCUACGCGCAGGACAUGGGGGACAACUGUGUGACGCAGUGAGGGCGCAACCCUCGCCGACGGGGGGCGCUGCCGCCGCACACGCUCUCUCUCCCCUCCCGAGGCGUCACCCAUCCUCCGCCUCGC